AAAAAUAAAAUACAAAGCAGCGUAAACAAGAGACAUUCUCUUGAAUCUUGAUCAGAGCGCGGCGUCGAAAGACAUUUGAGUUGUGUGAAAGAAAGGAAUGGCUGCCAUGGAUACCGAUGUCCCGAUGGUGCAAGCUGGUGAUUCCUCCUCCAGCAGUGCUGGCCCUUCUUCCAAGAAGCCUAAGCGGUUCGAGAUCAAGAAGUGGAAUGCUGUCGCUCUCUGGGCCUGGGAUAUCGUUGUUGAUAAUUGCGCUAUAUGCCGGAACCAUAUCAUGGAUCUUUGCAUCGAGUGCCAGGCUAACCAGGCUAGCGCCACUAGCGAGGAAUGCACUGUAGCUUGGGUUUACCUCAGCUUGGCAAAUGCAGGACUACUCAAACUGUUGCUGUGUUUUCAUCUUACGCAGGGGUUUGUAACCAUGCCUUUCACUUUCAUUGCAUUAGUCGAUGGCUCAAGACUCGUCAAGUAUGCCCUCUAGGUAUAUCUACAUCUGAAAAUCAAAUUGAAUAUUUGUCGCAUCUGGAAAUGUGAUGCGGACGGUGCGAGAGCGGAGGUUCUGACCUUCGAAAGGAAGACCGGAGAAAUGGGAGUCGCUACCAAGAUUUUAAGGGAAAUCUCGGGAAAUCAUUUAAAGGUGGAUAAGGGUGGUCUAUGAAAAUAGAAAAUAGAUUCGGGAGUUGAUUGAGUGUGGGGAAGGUAUUAGGCACCCUACAACACCUAUUAGUAAGAACGGUUACCUGAAAUUUGUUGUGCUAUAUAAAUAUGAUUUUAAAAUUAUUUUAAUUAUCUCUUUUAUAUUCA